AUGAUGACGCUGGACCCGAAUCAACUGGCCGCCAACGGCCGCAUCCCGUCCAUCGAUUCGCGCGAUGACGAGGGUCCGGUUUCUAUGAAAAAACAGGAUACGUACUACUUCAACACGGAAACGGCGCGCGGCGCACAACCCCGAAAAGUGACGCCCCAGGCCGGUCCGAAUCCUGAAAAUGACGCGAAUAUACGGGACAAUUUGCGGAAUAAGGAAUACGAGGCCACGUCGUCGUUCACCGCCAUCGAGUCGAAGGGAUGGGACAUUUUCCGGUUGCUCCCGCCGCCGCCCGACAAGCUUGGCCACGGUUUCUGGCACGACACGUCGCUGCAGGUGCUCAAAAUCGCGACAUUUGUCGUGUUGUUCGUGCUGACGCUGGUGACGGCCACCGUGUCCAAGACGACGUUCCUUCUGAUGACCUCGGCCAUUGGGUGGGCCGGGAAGAAUAUGACCAUCUGCAACGAUCGCCUCCCUGAAGCACCAGUGAACACGGUGGUGCUGUCGAACGGGCUGAUCGUGAAAUGGGUGUGGGCCGUCUAUUUUGCGGUGAUCGCCCCAGAGGCCGUGUGCUUCAUCCGCUCCUUUCACCGUACCCUCUUCCGCAACGUCAAACGGCCCACCAUCUUCCAAUUUGCUGCCGUGUUCGUCGUCGAGACGUUGCACGCACUCGGUGUGGGCACGCUAGUAUUUCUGGUGUUGCCCGAUUUGGAUGCCGUUACGGCCGCGAUGCUGACCAAUGCCGUCUGCUUCAUACCCGCCAUCAUGACACUCGUGUCCAGAUCUGCCUCCAAGUUGACGGUCAUCUUGCUGGUCAUCGACGUCGCCGCCAUCGCCGCGCAGAGCAGCGGUUUCUGGGCGUUUUCGAUGCUCCUCCCGUCGGUGCAAAAACAUGCGGUCACCAUCCCGGUGUGCUUGACGCUGAUCUCGAUCGGGUGGUGGCAGAACUUCGUCUCCACCAAGUCCAUCUUCCCGCCGAUUCGAGGACUCGCCAGAUUUGCCGCCCACCUUUCCGAGAAGCGCUCGAAGACGUACGCUUUCGUGUCGAUCUGGAAAAUGUUCAUCUACCUGCUCUGCGUGUUUUUCUUCAUCGGAUCAAGAAUUCCUCACAAGACGCUAUUCCACUCGGACCCAUUCGAGUCGAAGCUGAUCACAAUCACCGGCCACUCGAUCAAUGAGAGCCAGAUUCAGGCCUUCCAACAUCGAAUGGAGAAGAUACAAUCUGGCAUGGCCCAUGGGGGUAGUGAUUAUGAGGAUGAUGAUCGGGAUUCGAGGAUGAGCAAGAAGAAGACGACAAAGGCACCGAAGGCCAAAGAGGUGGCUGACGCUGGCCCGGAAGUGAUCGAGUCGGACGACUACAAGCGCUUUAAACGGGCCAUCGAGAAGGAGCCGGCGGAAGAGGAGGAGGAACAGCCGCCGCUCUUCCAAAUCUACGACAACUUUGUGGAGAUGAACAUGUUCACGACGCCGUACGACGCGUUCUGGAUGUGGUGUCUACAGGUGUUCUGCGUCGUCAUGUGCUACCAGUCGAGCAAGUUUGCCUGCAAGGUGAUGAUGCAGCGGCUGGGCUUUGCCCUGCCGAUGGCUCUCUCCGUGCCAUGUACGGUGUUCCUGUUGACGCACGCUUGCGAGCUGCGCCGCCACUCGGCCUGCCACAUGGUCAAGACGCUAGGGUCGAGGGAGCUCUUCUGGACGUGCCCCCGAAUCUACGGAAUUUCCGAUCUGUUCCAAUCGACGCAAUCGUGGAUCUGGCUGGCAUGGCUGGCCUCGCAGAUCUGGGUCACCAUCCAUUUGUGGAAUCCGAAGCACGAGCGCCUGGCCAAGAGCGAGAAGCUUUUCAUCCUACCGUACUACGUGGCCGCUUUCGUCGACCAGUCGUUGGCGUUCAACCGACGCCGAGACGAUAAGGCGAAGAUCAAGGCCGAGGACCUCGACUUUGACAACGAAGACUCAUCGCUGACGUACGAGACGAUACCCGGAAAUCAGGGCGGGGCGCCGAAGGCUCCGCCCAGCGUGUGCAGCCACGGCAGUAGUCGCAUCGCCGACGGACUCAUCAGGGACGCCGCCUCCACGGCCGACGCGAUUACAAAAAUCUACGCGUGCGCGACGAUGUGGCACGAAACGGCACAUGAGAUGACGUGCAUGCUGAAGAGUAUCUUCAGGAUGGAUGAGGAUCAGUGUGCGAGGAGGAAUGCACAAAAAUACUUCAAGGUCAUCGACUCCGACUACUACGAGUUCGAGGCCCACAUCUUCAUCGACGACGCCUUCGAGACGAACGAGUACGGCGAGCCCGUCAUCAACAAGUUCGUCCGCCAGUUCGUCGAAGCGGUCGAUCAGGCUGCCAGCUGUGUUCAUCAAACCCAAAUGCGCCUCAAGCCGCCGAAGAAGAUCAAGACGCCGUACGGGGGGAAACUGUCGUACAUUCUGCCCGGAAAGAACAAGAUGGUCGUCCAUAUGAAGGACAAGAACAAGAUUCGGCAUAGGAAGAGAUGGAGUCAGGUGAUGUACCUCUACUACCUCCUCGGCUACAGACUAAUGUGCAAAGUGGAGGAGCAGAACCGCAAGGAGGUUAUCUCGGAAAAUACGUUCAUUUUGACGCUUGACGGAGACGUCGACUUCGAGCCGUCCUGCGUACAUUUGCUCGUGGAUUUGAUGAAGAAGAACCGGAAACUGGGGGCUGCUUGCGGGCGAAUUCAUCCUAGGGGAUCUGGGUUGAUGGUUUGGUACCAAAAAUUCGAGUACGCCGUGGGGCAUUGGCUGCAAAAGGCGACGGAGCACAUGAUUGGCUGUGUGCUGUGUUCUCCGGGCUGCUUCUCGCUGUUCAGAUCCUACGCGCUCAUGGACGACAACGUCACCAGGAAGUACGCUUCGAAAUCGGACGCUCCGCUGGAUUACAUCCAGUACGAUCAGGGAGAGGAUCGAUGGCUGUGUACGUUGCUGUUGCAGCGCGGAUAUCGUGUCGAAUACUGUGCCGCUUCCGAUGCGCUGACGUUCGCCCCCGAGGGGUUCAACGAGUUUUUCAACCAGCGACGUCGCUGGAUCCCAUCGACCAUCGCCAAUAUCAUGGAUCUUCUGAAGGACUACAAAAACGUCGUCCGCGUCAACGAGAGCAUCUCGAUCUGGUACAUCAUCUACCAAGUCGUGAUGCUGAUCUCGUCGAUUCUCGGCCCGGGCACCAUCUUUCUCAUGAUUGUCGGAGCCAUCUCCAUCUCGUUCAACAUCUCCACAACGCUGUCGUUGAUCGCCGUCGCCAUCCCGGUCGUGCUGUUCAUCAUCGUCUGCCUUGUGUGCACACAGGAGAAACAGCUAAUCGUCGCCCAAGUCAUCGGCGCGCUCUUCGCCAUGCUGAUGACGGCCGUCAUCGUCGCCGAUGAACGGAACGAUCUGGCGAAGCGCGGCAAGGGCAACCACCACCUCGACAUUAUGGACGGCAGCGAGGCGGCGGCCGACGGCGCCUUCUCGUUCGGCUGCGGAUCGGCGUGCCGACUUCUGUGCUGCCUGAAGCCCGACCCGAUGGAGACGUCCCCACAGGUAUGGCGAAUCAACGAGAAGCUGAACGAGAUAUCGCGCAAGAUGGACAAGGCCUCGAUUCUGUCGACCGGAGGACUUGGAUCUCACGGUGACAAGUGCUCCGAGCUGGAUGAGGAUGAACAGGGAGAGCUCGACGACGACCUGGAGAUGUCGCAUCAGUCGCAGGUGGCGAUGAAGAACAAGAAGUGGAGGCAGCAGCAGUCGGAGAGUUGGCUCGGUGACAAGGCGUUGAGAAGGGCCGAACGCGAGUACCUGGAGCCGGACGAGGAGCAGUUCUGGCUCGACGUCAUCGACAAGUAUCUCCACCCAAUCAACAUGGAAAACAAGGAGCAAGACCGGGUUCGCGCCGGUCUCAAGGAGCUCAGGAACAAGGUGACGUCCGGGUUCCUGAUGCUGAACAUCGUCUUCAUCAUCGUGGUGUUGGUGUUGCAGCUGCAGAAGGAUUGUCUGCAUAUUGAGUGGCCGUUUGGGCCGAAGAAGAACCACACGUUCAUCCCCUGCCAUGGGGACACGUCCAAGGAGAUUACGGUCAUGUCACGGCUUCAACUUGAGCCGAUCGGCCUCGUCUUCCUCGUCUUUUUCAUGAGCAUCCUUGUCAUUCAGUUCUUCGCCAUGUUGUUUCAUCGUUUCGGCACCCUGGCCCACAUCAUCGCCUCCACGGAGUUGUUCUGCUUCAAGAAGCCGGUGGACAAGCUCUCCGAAGACGAUCUGGUACGAGAGAACGCCGUUGAGAUUGCGAAACUGCUGCAGAUGAUCAAGGGAGCUGACGAAAAGGAUGAUCAAGAACAGGAAAAGCCGUUCUCACGUCGCAACGUUGUCAGCAACCUGGAAGCGAACCGGCGGUCGAUGAUGAAGCGAAAGACGGAGACGCUAGACGCCGCUUUCAAGAAGAGAUGGGAGACGCUGUCGUCUCAGAAUCCAGACAACCAAUCCGACGCGGCCUUCGCGUCGCGGGAGAAGCGCUUGACGCUGCGGAAGGGCACGAUUCGAGCACUGGAGAAGAGAAGAGACUCCAUUUUCGGGGGCACCCUAGAUAAAAGGGACAACCCGUACACGUCAGACUCGGAGAACCCUGGCGCAAAUAGCACGGCACGCGGGCCGUCGAAGCGGCGGCUAGAUGGUCGGCUGGAUAGAAUAUUCGCCGACGGGCAGCCGGCCUCCUCCAACUCGACGAUCGUCACGAUGCGCCCGAACGCGCCAAAACCCGUCUGGCAGCCGCCCGGCGAUGACACAAGGAGAUUC